GGAGCAAAGACCCCGAGCGGAAAAGGAGCGAGGGCCUCUCUCUCCAUCCCGACCUCUCGUGGCCGCCGCGAAGAAAAGGUAGCCCCUCCGCCCCCGAUCCCCUCUCGCCGCCCCUCCUUCGAUUCCGUCAGAUCGGCGCCAGUAACGCCGGGGUCCGAUCCCGAUCUGUCUCCGUCCCGACCUUCGCGAGCUUAUCAUGGCUUCAAAACGUAUCCUGAAGGAACUGAAGGACUUGCAGAAAGAUCCUCCGACAUCAUGCAGUGCAGGUCCUUCUGGUGAGGAUAUGUUCCAUUGGCAGGCAACCAUUAUGGGUCCUCCUGAUAGUCCCUAUGCUGGAGGUGUUUUCUUAGUGAAUAUCCAUUUCCCCCCGGACUACCCCUUCAAGCCGCCGAAGGUAUCGUUCAAGACAAAGGUCUUCCAUCCGAACAUCAAUAGCAAUGGAAGCAUAUGCCUUGACAUUCUGAAGGAGCAAUGGAGUCCUGCUUUGACAAUCUCUAAGGUUCUGCUUUCAAUCUGCUCGCUGCUUACCGACCCUAACCCGGACGACCCUCUCGUCCCCGAGAUUGCCCACAUGUACAAGACGGAUCGGUCCAAGUAUGAGACGACAGCCCGCAGCUGGACGCAGAAGUAUGCCAUGGGAUGAUACGAAGCCCAUGCUCGUAUCCACUGCUUGCAUGCAGAAGAUUGUGUCACUGUCCCGAGAAACUAUCUCUGGGCCAUUAUUUUCUUUGAUUACUUGUCGGUCGCGUGUGUCUCCCUGAUCCAUGUAGGAUCGCGUCGUAGUCAAAACAUCAACCUAUCAUUGCCAAAGUCCAUAAUGAAAUUGACAUAUGCUUCUCGUUA